AUGCCAGGCUGGGUGGGCCGCGGCUACGAAGAUUACCGGAGAGCCGGCCCGCCCCCGGUACCUCUAGCCGUGUCCUGCGUGAUGCGCUUCGACAAGGCCGCUAGUCCAUCGCCCCCCGGCCAGGCCGUGAGCCCCACGGUGCCACGGGGGCUCCACGGGGCUGUGAGCCCCACGGCGUCCCCACCCCCGGUUCCGGCCCCGCUCGCAGCCAAGGGCUCGCCGUCUUGCCGCGUGAGCGCGGGCUUUGUGGAGGAAGCGGCAUCAGCUGGCGCUGCGCGCUGCGUGCACUGCCGGGCUCUAUUCUGUAGGGGCUCAGACGGGCGUGGGGGACACUGCCCCGAGGCUCCAGACCCUGGGGGCCGUCUGGUGCGCCGCCUCAGCUGCCUCUGGUGCGCCGAGAGCCUUCUUUACCACUGCCUGUCGGACGCCGAGGGAGACUUCUCAGACCCGUGUGCCUGCGAGCCGGGCCACCCGAGGCCAGUUGCACGCUGGGCAGCCCUGGCCGCGCUGUCCCUGGCGGUGCCCUGCCUCUGCUGCUACCCGCCCUUGCGUGCCUGCCACUGGGCCGCUGUGCGCUGUAGCUGCCCCGGCUGUGGAGGUCAACACGAGGCCGCCCGGUGA